GGCUGAUACCCUUAGUGGUGGGGUGAUGGCCUGGAGGUGGCAGGGUCUUCCUCUCCUACCAUCAUCUCCUCAGCCAGUCCUGGAUUUGGCAAUUCGUGCAGUGGCUGAUCUCAGCAGGGGAGGGGCUGCAGGUGUCUGAUGUGAAGGGGAUGUAGAGCGGGGAGCCUAUUGCUGGCUUGUUCUCCCCAAGCAACUUCACUCAGCUCCUGGCUAGGAUGGGGGAGAGGAUGGGUCCCUGCAGGACCCUGUGGCUGGGAGCAGGUGUCUUCUAUGUGGUCUGGGAGGAACGAUCUCAGCCUUAGACAAGGUUUUUCCCCAGUGCAUGGGGAGCUCACAUAGACUUUGCUCAUUCCUCUGCGAUGGGUGAAGGAUUCCAAAUCCCAGACCUGUCAAGCAAGCGCCCCAGACUAAAGUCGUUUCACUUAGUGUGUAAUAUCAGCUGUCGCCACUGGGUGUCAACACAGGCUGAAAUAUUUCCUCGGGGACGGCCAUCAGACAGAAUCCAACCUGACCAUCCGUCCCUGGCUUCCGGAAGCAGCUGCUUAUGUUCUGAGUUGAACAGGCAAGUCCCCUCUUCUUCACCCAUGCAGACGGGCACCCGGGGCUGUGGCCGCCACCCUUGGGCAACUGUGUCUUCCCUCUGCCUGCAUAAAUGUAGGAUUUGGGCUCACAUGUCUGAAUUUUGGGCCAAAACUGCUAAUCAGUUGCACACGGAGAUCCGAACCCUCACUGGACUUGCCGCACCUCGAUCUCCCCUCCUAGGCCCUAUCUCCAGCCUAGUUCCAACUCCAGUCUCAGCAGGACCCCAGGUCACAGGAUGGGGUAAUUGAUUAUUUGUUUGUAUUGUGAUGGUAUCUAGGAGCUCCAGUCACAGGCCAAGCCCCCAUUGGGCUAGGAGCUGUACAAGCACAGAACAGAAAGGUGGUCCCUGUCCCCCAUGAGCUGAUAAGCUAUAAACAAAGAGGCUGACAGACUGGGAAACACAAGGAGACAAUACAGCUCAGCAUGAUAGCAUGUGCUGUCAGCAUUGCAGCAGCCUGGCCAUGGCCAAGUUCUUUGUAGGGUUGUGAAGCAGAGUUGGGAUUGGGGUUAGGAUUAGGAUUAAAGUUCUUUGGGGCUAUUCUAUGGUUAGCAUUGGAGUCCAUUGGGGCUAAGAUUAGGGUUCGCUAUAAGGUUAUAGUUGGGCUAGGAGCUAGAACAACAUGAGAGGGUGAAACAUUACAGUCAGUGGGCUAGGAUUUAGAUUUACCACCAUAACCUAACCUUGACAAUUUACCCUGCACUGUACUAGCCUCGUUCCAGUGCACAGCAUUGCCAGCAUCCCUUUCCCAGCCACUCCCCAUAAUAUUUACCCUCAGUGAAUAUCAGCCCCCAGCUGGUCGUGUGCAAAAAAUUCCAAAACACAAGGCCUUAACGCAAACCUUGUGAAUGUUUAAUUACACCCCAAGGGAGUGAAAAAUCCCAGCUAGUGUGAACAUUUGCUUUGGUUCUAAAAUAAGACUCUCAGAGAGCAAAAUUGGGCACAUUAUCACUUUUUUUUUUGUUUUUUUUUUUUACAAAGUAUUUUUGAAGCAAAAAUGCAACUUUUUGAAAAGGAAAAUCAUUUAAGGUCAGAAUUUCAGUGUUUAUUUCAGGCAGAAAUCAACUUUGUCAAGAAGCGGGGAAGUUUUAGAAUAUGAGUGUCCCUGAUGUGAAAGUGGCCAGGCCUUGGACCCCCCCCCCCCCAGAGAUAUUUGUGUGUCCAUGAAAUGUUGUGGGGUUUUUGUGUGCCAUGCACAAGGAGCCUGUGAAACUCACUGGCACAAUAAAUCUUUGAGUCCAAGUGUUUAGCAGGAUCCCCAAAAGGGUCCAUCAGACAUUUACCUGGAUAAUAACAAAGAGAGAUGUUAGUAGGGGGUUUAAAAAAGUGUGGAAGGGCUAAACACCCUCAUGAUUUCAAGGUGUAAAGGCAACCUUGAACAGAGGCCAGGAAGAGACUUGUGCCAUGGGCAGGUGUGGGAUUUCUGCUGGUACCGGCUAUUGUCUGAGACAGAACACUGGGCAAGAUGGACAAUGGGCUGUUCACUGAUCACUGAAAGAGAUACUAAUUCUUCAGUGACCCACUUCCAACUGCCUCUGGUGAACAGAACAUGGGCUUCUGCAGUGCCCCUCUUCCAAACUUCCUGGUGGGGAAGCUAAACUGUUACAGAUACGGUUCCCAAGACCACAUCUUCCUUUCCCAAUCAAAACUUAAUAACGGUGCUACCCUCUUUUGACCCGAGUGGCAAGUCAAUGUCUGGGUUGUUUCCAUUAGGAGGAGACAUUGGUGAUGGAGUCAGAUAUCUUUGAUGCAAGCCUGCCUAUUUACACAGAAUGUACAAAGGCCUCUUUCUCUGAACACAGGAGAAAUCAAUCAACAGGAGACAGUUUCUGUGCUCCCAGCUCCGAGGCCCUUUCAGCCAGCACUCUGCCCAAAACCUCUAGGCUUUGCAAAGGGUCAUGCUCAGUGCUUGUUCAGCUUGUGUCUGAAGCUUUCUUGCUGCCUUUCUGCUUCUCUGGUGUGUUUGUUGCUUCUCUCUCACACAGACUCCUCCACCAACCAACACCCAGCAAAACUCCUCUGCCCACGUGCACACUCUCCUGUGCCUUUGUUUUGGCAGGAGACCACUGUUAUUUUUAUAAAGGAGCUUAACCGUUUCUAUUAUCUUAAAUGAAGGGUGGUGGUUAUACCUACCAGUUUCAAGGAAGUUAAACCCAACAUAUAACAGGUGCCAAAAUUAAAACCAACCCUGACUACUCGGCAUCCGGGCAGCUCCCAAUCAGCUCCAGGGUGCUAGACAGCAGGACUGGCACUUGUCAUGAGUGUGAUUCAUUAAAGCCCAUGAGCAUCUUCAGGCUGGGGAGCUACAGCACAGGUAGUUCAUUAGGAAAUAGCAGGGGAGCACAAAGCUAAAGUCUGGCUACUGGGCCAGACUUGGCUGCACUCCUGACCCAGUGUGCUAUAGACUGGGGCCUGCUGGGAUAAGCAAUUAACACCAGGGGAAGGAUGAGUUUUUUUGACGUGGCUGGGAAUGAAGCUGUCUAUGCUGAGCUACAGCCCCAACGAAAGGACCUGGUACUGGCCAGAUCUGACCGUGCUACGUUGCAUAUGGAAAAGUCUCUUUUCCCUAGAGUUUGGUUGAGCAGAGCUGGCCUGGAAUGAAAGAGUGCUCCCAGAAACCACCCUAUUAAGGUGUCCCUUGGUGCUGCACAUUGCUGACACCAGGAAUUUGGUGCUAGUCUCGUUAAUGGGCAGAAUUUAUUUUCCAUGCCCCCCUUGAAAGCUUUCAACAAAGAGGCAAAAUGGAUCACAGGUUUCAAGAAGGGAGGUUGGGUAGAAAUAUCUGAUGCCUAUGUAAGCAGGGUCUGAAUAAAUGCUUCCCUGACAGCUAGCUGGGAGGAGGAGAGACUUUGGAUGUGUUUAUGUAAAUACAGUUUCCUCCUGAUCUGCUUACAUAUUUAGCAGAUACAGCAGUGUCAUGGUGAUCAAUUUUGGCUGGUGUUGGGUACAAAUCACCUUAGUACUGAAUGCAGGUGUAGUGAAAUAUGGUUACCAAUGUUGUAAUUAUUGUAGAAAUACAGGAAAGUAGGACUAUGUUUAACCUGUCCCGGGGGCCACCCUCAGCUGAAAGAUCCUUGUUAAGCCAUGGGCUCAAAUGUCAGAGCCCUGUGAAAGUAAGAGGGGUGGGAACAGAUAUCUUAGCUAGGGGGCUGUACAACCUCAUCAAGGGUCCUUAUUAGGUUGGUUUAACCUGUUCCUCCCCAGUGUUCAAUGAAUAGAGCUAAAUGGGCUUCAUUAGCAGCCUCUUUGUUAUGUUAAAUGCCCAAUCAGACCUGAAAUCAGUUGUGGUAGGACUGUGUUUCUGCCCUGCCUGCUCAGAGCUAAAAAUCACUGAGAGCUGAAAUCACUUGAGCUGUGGCAGUGUUUCUGUCCAGCCUGCAAAGAACUGAAAACUACUAAGAGACUGAUGUGCAGAGGUCACAGCAGAGAGGCAGAUGGCAGCAGAAGGUGAUUGACAGCUGGUGAAUGAGUGGCUGGUGUGGUAGAGAGGUGCGACAAGUGCCCAGUGCAGGAGCAGCCAGUGAGUGGCCAGCAGGGUGACUGGCAGAGAGGGAUGGCGAGCGAGUGCCUGAGCAGCAUAGCGAGUAAGGUACCUCUUUACCCCACCCAGGGAAGAGGUGAACUCUGCAGAUGCACCUCUGAACUCUGGGUCUGCACUGACUCAGGACAGCAACUGUGAGUGGGGUGCAGAGAAGAGUUGGGCAUGUGAAGGGGACUUUUGGGUUGCUGGAUUUAAGAACCUGAGGGGAAAAGGACACUGCCCAACCUACUUGGGGGUGGGUCUUUUACUCAUGGUUUAUGUUUAUGAACCCUGCUUAUGGUGUUUUCCCCAAUUAACACCAAGUUACUUCCCUCCUUUUAUAAAAAGUUUCUUUUCUACACUCAGACUCUGUGCUUGCGAGUGGGGAAGUAUUGCCUAUCAGAGGCACCCAGGGGUGGUGUGUAAAUUUCCCAGGUUUCUAGGUGGGGGCUCGAGUUCUGCGUUGUAUCAAUGGAAAGGAACCCCUAGAUAUUGGACCUGGCCAAUAUUGCUGCUGGCUCCAUCUGGUAAGAAGGGUUAAAUUUUGGGGGGUUCGUCUGGGAUACUGGGUCAGUACCCCUCGCAAGCACAUCUUCAGUGAUUCACUAAGUUGGGAAAACAAUUGUGUUUAUAUUUUUGGGGAAAUCAUUGCUUGUAUAAUGGCUAAUAUGUCAGGUUUCUUGGGCCAUUACCCUAGUAACCAUUAUACAAUAUAGCUGCUCCUUCCUGACCCCCCACCCUCUGCUGCCCCUAGCGCCCAUUAUACAGUGUAACUGCCCAUUCCUGGCCCCCACCCUCUGCUGCUCCCAGUGCCCAUUAUGCCAUAUAGCUGCCCCUUCCCCACCCCCAUCCUCUGAUGCCACUAGUGCCCAUUAUAUAGUAUAAACUCCCCUUCCUCACCCCCAUGCUCUGCUACCCCAGUGCCCAUUAUACAGUAUAGCUGCCCUUUUCCCCCACACUCUGCUGCCCCUACUAACCAUUACACUCUAGCCAUCCCUUCCUCGACCUCACCCUCUAUUGCCCCUAGUGCCUAUUAUACACUAUAGCCACCCCUUCCCUUCCCCCAGGCUCUGCUGCCCCUAGUGCCCAUUAUAGAGUAUAGCCACCCCUUCCCCUCCCCUCAACCUUUCCUGAUGGUGGUGCCCAUAAUACAGUAUAGCCACCACUUUCCCGCCCCCCACCCUCUGCUUCCCCUAGUAUCCAUUGUACAAUAUAGCCACCCCUUCCCCACCCCACUUUGUGCUGCCCCUAGUGCCCAUUAUGCAGUAUAACCAACCCUUCUCACCCCACACCCUCAGCUGUCCCUAAGUAGUAUACUGUUCAAUAGGAUUCAUCACCAUGUAUUUUUGACAGGUUUCUACAUCCUGUUUAGGGCUUAUGUCCCACCCUCCGUUCCCGUUUCUGUAUGUGUCAAGGUUUGGUGCCAUCGGCCAUUUUGAAAAAAAAGUUUUCAUUAUUUUUUAUGUUUGAAUAGGGGGGUUGUUAUGUGCUUGUGCUUUGAUACAUUUGGUUGAUUGUUUAGAGAAAAAGGUUGAAAGAAUAGAGUGAGAGAGCUUAAAUAUUAAAAAAAGAAAGCUUUGGUUAGGUUUAGCGGAAAAAAGGAAAAAAAAUGUUAUUAAACGGAAGAAAGAUUGUUUGGUUAGGUUUAGUAAGGAGAGAUUAUUUUUAAAGAAUAGAAAGAGAGGAAAAAUAAGCACAUGGCAAAGAAAAAAUGGUUUUAGAGAAUAAAAAAAAUAAAGCAAUAAGAGAGUCUGUGUUACUGGACAUAUGCAGAGUGAAACAUCCUGCCCCAGUGACUGCUGGUAGUGAAAUGAUAGCUGUUCUGGGUGGUGAACCUUGGGAACUAUUCCCGCUUCUCGGUGGACCAAUCAGAAGCUAUUUUACAGCUCCAUCACAGAAUGCCCUUUUUGAACCAAUCCUUUCAUACCAUGAUUUUAAAACAAGAGCUUUUCAUAAAUGGGCUAUCAUGGAGUGGAUUAUUUGAAAAUCUCUAGCCAAUGAGCAUUUGACUGUGUGUAUAAAACCACAUACUUAUUUGAAUUGUGGUUUUAAAACCGGGAGCUUAGACAAAAUAGCCGUGUCCUUUUACAAGAUGCCUACAGAUGCCAAGAAGCCUGAAUUGCCUCUGGGUGUCCCAGCUCAUGUUCAGAAGAGAAGACCCAUUUACAGUUAUUUUGCUAAAGAGGCAGCCUCGGUGCUGAAUCCCGUGUUUCAUCCUGAAAUUGAACCAAAGAAACAGGAAGACUUUAUGGGGGCACUGCCAGUUGUAAAAGAGAAAAAGGAUAAUAUGCAAAAAAAUCUGUUGCCGGCUUUGGAGGAAGCAGACUUGAAGGUGGAGGUAGGAAUGGAAGAAGAGUCUGUAUACAAGGACAUAGCAGCCAAGAGGUCGUCAGAGGAUAGUGAUGUCGAGAACCAACCGAUAGACCCCGAGUCAUGGAAAGAGGGCGACAUUGUUACGAUAACCAAGCCAGGGCCAUACAGGAUCACCGCACUGGUGUGUGACAAGUGGCUGACAGAUGCAGAGCCAGAAGAGCAUGACAAGGAGGCUGAUACGGUUCCUGAUGGCACGACCACUGGGGAUGAUGAUGAUGAUUCAGAAUCAGACGUGGACAUCUUCAGAGGAUGAAGAGGAAAAAGAGAGAUGGCCUUUGAGAAGAAUAACUGUGAUAUGUACCUGCUGUUUUUGCAUGAAGCAAGAUUUUUUUAAAAAAGACUGUAAAAAGUAAGGAGGGUGUCCAGCAGAGCUGUGAAGAUGACAUUAUGGCCAACAUUAUUAAGGUUGUUGUAGUAAAACCUAUUUACUUUUUUGAAAACUGUACACCCUGCGCAGUAGACUCUCCCAAUCCACGUAUUCGCUCUUGUGUUUCUUGGGGUUGUUCAGAAGCAUUUCACCAGAUUAGAUGUAUUUCUUCUAAAAUCAAAGAUGUGGAGGUAUUUUACCGCCCAUAGCACCUUUUGAUACAUCAGUGUGCUGCAGGCCUUCAUAGACCAUUACAACAGAAGUUAUCAGAACUGUCAGAGGAUGCCCAAUCGACGUGACACACACUAAGACGCUGAGCAUAUGGAAAACCAUCUACAAGGAUAGUUUUAAAAUAAAGGCACUGCGAGUGAUUUUUAAGAAAGGGGAUCACGUAAGGGUAUCUAAAACAAAGGGUAUUUUUGAAAAGGGAUAUCAGCAAACCUUUACCGAUGAAAUAUUUAUUGUGUCUUGGGUUUUAUUGCGAGGACAGUGGCCUGUGUAUGCAUUUUACCCCAAAGAACUACAAAAAGUAAACCCUAACCAGGACCACAUUUACAGGGUAGAAAAGAUUCUAACGAAGAAAGGUUGGGGAAGGCAUGACUAUUUCUUGGUGAAAUGGAGAGGAUGGCCUGAAAAAUUUAACAGUUGGGUUAAAGCGUUUCCAGUUCAAGACCUCUAAUAAAGGGAGGAAAAAAUGACUGAAGGAGGUUUUUACGUUACGUUACCUAGCAAUGCCUCUGUGGGGGGCUUUUCCUCAAAAUACUAGUUCCAAUUUUACAAUACAACUGGCCAAGCCUUUAAAUUUGAUUGGCUAUUGGGAUGUUGCUUCAUCGGAAAUUCAUUAUUGUUACUUGUGGAACACAGUCUUUCACGAUACGCCGUUGGUGAUAGCAUCAAAAAAGAAAUUUGGUCCUACAACAUAGAAGCCAGCUAUUAUUCAAGCAUUCAUCAUUCAACAAGAACAUCGACAAAGAUUCCGAAAAACUGAAGGUCAGCGUCAUUUACAACUCGGUGACCAGAAGGGUUCAGUUAGAAGCAAACGAUGAAAAUUAAUUUUUUUCCGCAUGGGUAGAAUUGGCAGCAAUAUUGGGAAUGAUUCCGAAUAGUCCAUGUAAGAUAGCACCCCACCCCACAGACAUCAUGGGAGGGUUUAACUCUUUAUACGUGUACACGAACAUAGUGGAACAUCAGUUAGUGGGGGACUACUAGUGCCGUUGUUGCGCUGCGUUCCCAUCUGCGGCAGCAACAACGAAUUUAUUACCAUCACGUAUAACAAACCACAUUACGUCCCUGUGAGUAAGCAGCAUAUAGGUACUGCAUUUGCGCCCCCGGAAAGUUGAAGAAUGGUGACUAUAAAAAAACUACGGGGAUCCCUUUUUAUAUAGGAACUACUACAAGGCCCAGGCUGGUUAUGCCUUACCGGGCUAUCAAGGAUUACCCAUCAUGUACAGGGCCGGUUUAGGAGGGAUAUUCCACAGUCUUUUUAGAAAAGCCAUGCUGCUUUUGAGAAGACGUUUUGAAGUUAUUAAACCCCACAUUAAAACAGCCGCAAAAAAUAUAACCAGAGACGUAGUGAACCCCAUGUCUAGCGCCGUUAUAAACAAAAUAGGAGCGCACAUGCCACAGGAAGGUUCUGGUUUAGUGAUGUUGAGGAGAAAAAGAGCAGGAUUGCGCCUGCCAUUUAAAGGGCCUCCUAGGCCCUUUAAAAAAAAAAAGCUGCCAGAAGACGCCUCAGCCAUAAACCUAAAAGGCGCCCCAAGAAGAGGAAGUGGAGCAUCGCCCGCGGUAAAAGGGACAUAUUUUAAAAUGGCUUUCAUUCAUUGUGGCUCUGAAGAAUGUACUAAAUCAGAACUGGAUUUAUUUCAAAUAGCCCCCACACAAACCAGCAUCGAGAAUAGCUUUUAUGUAGAGAUGCCGCCUUUGGCCACUUUGAUGGUGAAUGUCCCUCUAGAAUUUUUUAUUUCGGGACACGGGGAUCAUUACUUAGAUGGUAACAACAUGCUGUCGUACCUGUGCUGCAAGGAGGUAAAAGAAGAUACGACGACAGGGUUGCCCUAACAAACUACCCCAUCGCCACCCUUUUUAACCAGAUGGAUGUCACACUAGGCGACUGUCUUAUCAGUCAGAGCAACAAUUGUUACCCUUACAGAGCCUUGAUAGAGCUGAUUCUGAACUACAGCCAUGACAUCCUCACUAUGCAGAUUUCGGCAGGAGGGUUUCAUAAAGACACUGCGGGGGCUCACAAAAGCACUAUUUUGGAUGGCACAGGUAAAAAGGGGUUUAUGCACAGGGCCAGACUAAUGGCCAGCAGCAGGAAGCUGGAUUUGUUGGGGCCUCUACACAGUGAUUUGUUUUCUCAAGAAAAACUGUUGCUGAAAGGUGUGGACUUGAAAAUUAAACUGACACGUAGCAAAGCUGUUUUUUGCCUCAUGAGUGGGAAUGCCAACCAGAAUGAUAAAGUUCACAUUAUUUCAGAGUCCCUCUUUGUAAAACGGGUGACAGUGACCCCAGGGGUCCACUUGGGGCACACUGAAGCGCUAAUGGCCGCCAGUGCUAAGUACCCGGUAGACAGGGUGGGCAUAAAGGUGUUUAGCAUUCCGGCAGGCAGUCGUGUCAGUAACCAAGAAAACCUCUUCUGGGGACAGUUACCCAAGCAGCUUGUAAUCGCAUUUAUAGAUAACGACGCCUUCAGCGGCAGCUACAUUAA